AUGGACACAACUGACAGCGCGAAUAACACGACGUUUGGUAACUCGGAAAUAUCUCUUCCACGUCCCGUUCGUUUUUGGCUUCUUCUCUUUUCGGAUGCUCCAUCGAUUACCUGUUCACUUCUUCUUCUGCAUUAUCUUAUUCAUGAUCGUACAGCCCGAACAGCAUUGAAUAAUCACGUAAUCAUUCUUUUACUUAGUCUUGGUUUAACAACGCAAUUAAUCGAAAUACCGUUCUAUUUGUCGUUCAUUGGUAACAAUGGCGUUGUUAAACCAUCAGUACCAGCCACAUGUUUAACAUGGUGGUUCGUAAGUUUUGGAAUGUAUAACGGAGGAACGAUACUAAUGGCAUGGGCUGCUGUCGAACGACAUAUUCUCGUAUUUAACUAUAAACUAAUUUCAACAUCCCGAGGACGAUUUUUUGCACAUUAUUUACCUAUUGGUAUACUCUUACUGUACGUACUUGUGUUCUAUAUUUAUGUUUUAUUCUUUUUCCCUUGUGAAAUGAACUAUGAAUAUAGUGUACCGAUAUGUGGCGCGUAUCCGUGUUAUCAACAAGAUCCGUUCGUUGGCAUGUGGGAGUUCAUAGUAAAUAAUAUCGUACCGAGCUUAUUAGUGGCGGUUUUUAGUAUGGUGUUACUUAUUCGUGUUGUUCGACAGAAACGUCGUCUUAAUCAACGUGUUCAAUGGAGUAAACAACGAAAAAUGACGAUUCAAUUAGUAUCAUUAUCUGCGUUGAAUAUUGUUUUCAAUGUACCCUUAAAUCUCAUGUCUCUGGCACGUCUCUGUGGUCUACCGGACGAUUAUGGUGUCGAUGUACAACAGUAUUUCUAUUUUUCGUGUUAUUUCUUGAUUUUUCUUUUUCCAUUUGUUUGCUUGACUUCAUAUUCUGAAUUUUGCAUGAAAGUUAAACAAAAAAUCUUUUACUGUAAAGUUAAACCCAUUUCAGCCUCAGUGCGUAGUGCUUGGGUGACAAAUGCGAAAGAUCACUAG